AUGAUCUAUACCAGUAUCAAGGCUCUUCAAUUUCUAUCUGUUCCGGUGUAUACCAUCUUCAAGAAUUUGACGAUCGUUGUCAUUGCGUAUGGCGAGGUCUUGUGGUUCGGUGGAAGCGUCACUCCGCUGAUUAUGCUGUCCUUCGGUUGUAUGGUGCUCAGCUCCGUCGUAGCUGCGUGGGCUGAUAUUCAGGCUGCUGUCAAUGGUUUUGGGCAUUCGGGAGAGACUGCUGCUGCUAUCUCUACCUUGAAUGCCGGAUAUGCCUGGAUGGGUCUUAAUGUUAUCUGCACGGCUUUAUACGUAUUGGGCACACGCAAGUUUAUCACCUCUCUUAACUUCAAAGACUGGGAUACUAACCUGGCCAAGAACUUCCCGGCUGAAUCGCGCAACAAUAUUCUCAUUGGCAUGCUAUACUCAGGUCUAGGGGCCAUCUUCAUCUCCUACUCAUCUGCCUGGUGCAUUCGCAAGACUUCGUCAACAACCUAUUCAUUCGUUGGGUAUUUGAACAAGCUCCCACUUGCAAUUAGCGGACUCGUAUUUUUCGACACUCCGGUCACGUUCGGUGGUGUCUCAGCCAUUCUUCUGGGAUUCUUUAGCGGUCUCAUCUACGGCUACGGCAAGAUGAAGCAGAAGGAGAUGGCGAGCCAGGUGCUCCCCACCACCCGUCCGACCAUGAGUGCCAGCUCCCAGAGCCAGAAGGAUGCGUCUAACUGA